CUAUUCUGAAUUGGGAUGAUGAACUUUUAAGUCUCGAAGUAGAAGGAGAAUUCACAAUCAUUCCAGUUACCUGUACUCAACAAAGAUCAACUAUGAAAUUGAUCAGUCUCGAGAGGGAACUUGAGGGUUCUGCUCUUGAAGAUGAUGAUGAAGAGUAUGAAUUUGAAGAAGAGGAGUUGGUUAACCAACCUCUAUAUACAAUACAUGAAGAACAAGACAAGCAACUUAUGAUGAAAGUAGAGGUACAGAAAGAUUUUGUCAAGAUAAGUGACAAGAUUAUAGGACAAGAAGAAGAAGAAAGAAUUCGACAAGAAAGAUUAGAAGACUUUAAUGCAUGUAUGCAUGGCAGAAGAAGAUAUGAAUACCCGCAAUGCAAGCAUGAGCAAGAAAUUUAUAGUCAAUUAGAAAUAUUACCUCUACCUUCGCUCAAUGCAACUCCAACU